AUGACUAUUAAAUUGGUGGUGGGUGAGUGUACUUUAAAUCUCGUUAGCGCUUACACGCCACAAGCAGCCUUAGAUGAGGAGAUUAAAAGAAGCUUUUGGGAGGGGUUGGAUGACAUCGUUUGUAGUAUUCCGCCUUCCGAGAGGUUAAUCAUAGGAGGAGAUUUCAAUGGUUAUAUUGGGUCGUCUGUAGGUGGUUAUACUGAGGUGCAUGGAGGCAUUGGUUUCAGGGAGCGGAACGGAGGGGGCACUACGCUGUUGGACUUUGCCAAGGCAUUCGAUCUAGUGAUUGCAAACUCAAGUUUUCCGAAGCGGGAGGAGCAUUUGGCUGUUGGUGAUGGACAUUGGUAUUAUGAAAAGGAGGAGAAGAGGUCAGUACGAGGCCACCCGAGGAUUAAGUGA